UAAAACGAUUAACUUGGAUUAGCAAACACAACAUGACAUUGGAACACAGGACUGAUGGUUGCUGAUAAUGGGCCUCAGUACGCCUGCGUAGAUAUUCCAAUGAAAAUAAGCCAUUUCCAUUUCUUUCAAAAACAAGGACAUUUCUAAGUGACCCCGAACCUUUGAAAGGUAGUGUACAUAAAUCUUUAUGCAUUUUCAGUUUCGACCAUUGUGCAUUACUGUUUCCCCCUGGUACACUAGAUGGCGUAGUACAGACAGUUUACAGAGUUUAUGAAGCUGAGAAAGCUGAUGCUUGAAUUAUGGAGGGAAAACCGAGGGGAUGGAUUUCUGGUUGGGAGCACCGGAAGAGGAGUAAUACAGCGCUUGUGAAGUCUUUUCCUAUAUAAUCCACCCUGAUAUUACUAGAGUCUGCGUCUUCUGUUGUUUUGUAAUGUACUCCAUGGUGCUAACACCGACUUAAUAACCAUUCUUAAAUAUAUUUUAAAUAAAGUGAAUUAUAGUCAUAGGGAUGUUUUAUGUUUUUGUUCAAGCAAAUAUCUUGCCAGGGACAACAUGGAAAUGUUUCAUGAGGGCUGCCGUGGACGUGCACUUCAACCCUUUGGUUUCUCUUGCUCACGCGUUAGCCUCGAAAGGCCUGCUCUGUAUUCGCAUCACAUGUAAAGGUUUAAACCUGACUGACAGAGUGAAGGCUUACCACGAAGUUUGGGAAAGUUUUCUGAGUAGAAAGGAAUUCACAGUAACAAAAAUAUUUCUUGCGGGUAAAUCCGCAGGGGCUUGGGCUGCUUCCUCCAUGGCCAGGCAGCUCACUGCUGGGUCAGAGCAGGCAGUGCAGGGCCUGGUCUGCCUGUCCUUCCGCCUACACCCCGUAGGACAAACCGACCAUUGCCAGCGAAGCGAGGAUCUUCUAGGACUGCCCAAAGAGUUGCCAGUGCUGUUUCUGUCUGGCACGGCAGACAACAUGUGUGAGAAGAACAUUCUGGAGAAUGUGAUAACAGGGCUGAAGUCCCCGGCGACAGUUCAGUGGAUAGAAGGAGCCGGCCACGGUCUUGCCGUGGAGGGAAGAUUUGAGGAAUCUGUGCUUGAUGAAAUCAACUCACGUGUGAUGUCUUGGAUUUUGGAACGUUCCUGACUUUUUCAAUGCUCAAUUAUUGUUUUGGUAGAGCCCCUCACAUUGUAUAUUGCAUUGUAUUUGUCAUACAUUGUCUAUUCUUAGUGUAAUUUAAUGUUUAUUUGUCAAUUUGUGUGUGUGUGUGUGUGUGUGUGCGCGCACGUUUGUAAUAGUAAUUGUUUUUUUCUUUAUUGUUGUCUUACAGAUGUCAUCUUUCAAAAUGAGAAUGUGUUUUCAAGCAACUGUUCAAUAAAAGUGUUUUUUAUUAUUCA